GGUUGGUGGAGGACUCUUCCCGAGGGCGCGCGGAGCCGAGCCGGUGACAGACGCGCACGCGUGCGUGCGCUCUGGACUCCUGCGCGGCCCCGCGAACCCCGUCGGGCCGCUGAGAGGCGCGCGGCGUCCGCGCCGCAGCCGUCUAGGAUUCCAGCCCAGGGGCGUCCCCGGGCGUCCCCAGCUCGAGGCUCCGAGCGCCGGGCCGCGCCCGCUCCUGCCCGCGUCCCGUCCCCGCUGCCUUCAGAGACUGUCCCUUAACUCUCCUCUCCGCUCCGAGGGCCGGGUCCUCGCGGCCCAUGGUGGCCGCUGGGGACCCACGCAGCCUAGGUCUGUCUCGGGCCGGCCAGCCGGCCACCAUGGUGGCCCUGAGGCCUGUGCAGCUCCUCCAGGGGGGCUAAUAGACCCAGAGCCUAGGGGUGAGAGGGUCCCAGGCCAGAACCCUGCGCCAUGGCUGGAGCCAUCGCUUCCCGCAUGAGCUUCAGCUCGCUCAAGAGGAAGCAGCCGAAGACAUUCACUGUGAGGAUCGUCACCAUGGACGCCGAGAUGGAGUUCAACUGCGAGAUGAAAUGGAAAGGGAAGGACCUGUUUGAUUUGGUGUGCCGGACACUGGGGCUUCGGGAAACCUGGUUUUUUGGACUGCAGUACACAAUCAAGGACACUGUGGCCUGGCUCAAAAUGGACAAGAAGGUGUUGGAUCAUGAUGUUUCGAAGGAAGAACCGGUUACCUUUCACUUCCUGGCCAAAUUUUAUCCUGAGAAUGCUGAGGAGGAGCUAGUUCAAGAGAUCACGCAACACUUAUUUUUCUUACAGGUGAAGAAACAGAUUUUGGAUGAAAAGAUCUACUGCCCUCCUGAGGCUUCAGUGCUCUUGGCUUCCUAUGCUGUCCAGGCCAAGUACGGUGACUAUGACCCCUCUGUGCAUAAGCGAGGAUUUUUAGCUCAAGAGGAAUUGCUUCCAAAAAGGGUGAUAAAUCUAUAUCAGAUGACUCCGGAAAUGUGGGAGGAGAGAAUUACUGCUUGGUACGCGGAGCACCGGGGCAGAGCCAGGGAUGAAGCUGAAAUGGAGUAUUUGAAGAUAGCGCAGGACCUGGAGAUGUAUGGGGUGAACUACUUUGCAAUCCGGAAUAAAAAGGGCACAGAGUUGCUGCUUGGUGUGGAUGCUCUGGGGCUUCAUAUCUAUGACCCCGAGAACAGGCUGACCCCCAAGAUCUCCUUCCCAUGGAAUGAAAUCCGAAACAUCUCCUACAGCGACAAGGAGUUUACUAUUAAACCACUGGAUAAGAAAAUUGAUGUCUUCAAAUUUAACUCCUCAAAGCUUCGUGUUAAUAAGCUGAUUCUCCAGCUAUGUAUUGGGAACCACGACCUAUUUAUGAGGAGAAGGAAGGCUGACUCUUUAGAAGUUCAGCAGAUGAAAGCCCAGGCCCGGGAGGAGAAGGCUAGGAAGCAGAUGGAGCGUCAGCGGUUGGCUCGAGAGAAGCAGAUGCGGGAGGAGGCCGAGCGCACGAGGGACGAGUUAGAGAGAAGGCUUCUGCAGAUGAAAGAAGAAGCGACAAUGGCCAACGAAGCUCUGAUGCGGUCUGAGGAAACAGCUGACCUGUUGGCCGAAAAGGCACAGAUCACAGAGGAGGAGGCCAAACUUCUGGCACAAAAGGCUGCAGAGGCUGAACAAGAGAUGCAGCGAAUCAAGGCCACAGCCAUUCGGACAGAGGAGGAGAAGCGCCUGAUGGAGCAGAAGGUGCUGGAGGCUGAAGUGCUGGCACUGAAGAUGGCUGAGGAGUCAGAGAGGAGAGCCAAAGAGGCCGAUCAGUUAAAGCAAGACCUGCAGGAAGCCCGAGAAGCAGAGCGAAGAGCCAAGCAGAAGCUCUUGGAAAUUGCCACCAAGCCUACAUAUCCACCCAUGAACCCAAUCCCAGCGCCACUUCCUCCUGACAUACCGAGCUUCAACAUCAUUGGUGACAGCCUGUCGUUUGAUUUCAAGGAUACUGACAUGAAGCGACUUUCCAUGGAGAUAGAGAAAGAAAAAGUGGAGUACAUGGAGAAGAGCAAGCAUCUGCAAGAGCAGCUCAAUGAGCUCAAGACAGAAAUCGAGGCCUUGAAACUCAAAGAGAGGGAGACAGCCUUGGAUAUCCUACACAACGAGAACUCAGACAGGGGUGGCUCCAGUAGCAAGCACAAUACCAUUAAAAAGAGCAACCCAAGGCAGAAGACCUAUCUGCAUUUGAGUCCUCAAAGUAGGUUAUUCCCAGGUAUUCUGUCUGUGGUGAUGGUCCUGCCGUCUGUGAUACUAACCCAUGCAUGAGCUUGCCUGUCUCUGUGUUCGGGCCACAUGGAGCCCUCCCGAGGGCAGGUGAAGCCUGGGGCCUGGCCACAGCAUGCUUUAAGGGUGAGAGCAGGUGUCCACCCUGAGGGGCCCAGACCAGCCUCCAGGGCCCAGAAGGCUGCCUCAUUCUGAAGAGCAUGUCACGGGGCUACAGGACCCGUUGCUUUGUCUAUCUCAUGUCACUGUUGGGCUGCGGAAGGUCAUGGCUUCCUGUCCAAUCAGAUCUGUCUCUGAGUCCUUUGUCUUCUUGGUGGUGUAUUCCUUUGAUAGAUAACUCUAGCAUGGAGUGGAGUCAAUUCUGAUGCUUUUAAGACUGGUGUCUCUCGUCCAAGAUUACUCCUACCCUGUGGUGGUUCACUCUUCAGACUUCUCACAGCUGGUGGCUUCUGGGCGUGGGUCACUUGUUCUCAUUUUUCUCUCAAGCUUCCCAUUCUUUGCACACCCCUUUUCUUCCAGCAAACCCAGAGCACUGUGCAUCUUUGAGCCAGUUGCCAUGAGCUGGCUGUCCCAUGGCCACUCUAAGGUCACUUUGGUUUCCAACCCCGCCUGCAGCAUGGAGGGAGCUGCACAUGGACAGUACUAUUGCAGAUACCCAGGAGAUGAGCAAACAACAUUUGUGUUGAGUCAGUUACUCAAAGAUCGCACAUUGUUCUUUCAACAUGCCUAGGCAGUAGAAGGAAUUUAUUUUGCCUAGGACAGGACUAGUGUUAAACUGUCACCCUGCCUCUGUUAUUGUAAUCCCCAGUCAUCCCAAUCAUACCCAUACCACUGUGCCUCUGACACUUUCUAACAGGAGUGUAGGCUCUUUCCCUUAGCAGCCUCACUGUAGUCAAGUAGAAGAAACUCUGAACCUUGUGCCCAGGAGAUUCAUAUUUGCUCAUUGUCCCAGAAAAAGAGGUAUUGAAGUUCCAGGUAGAUCUUUCAUCAGGUGAAUAGGAGCUUACAAAGUCCCAAGAACCCAUGACCUGAACACAAUUUUGAGUGUCAUUUGAGCCUGACAGUGAAUAGAUUCCUAUUUUUUCAGCUUCAUAUGCCCACUUUGGUGUUGUUAACCUGACACCAUGCAGUGUAUGUUUUGAGCAGGCCAUCAGAGCAGGCGGACAGGUGGAUCUCUGCCUAAGUGCUGACUCCAUGGCACUAGGGUACAAGUGGAUCUGUGGUGGUUCACGAACUCUGGUUAACACAGGGCAAGCAGAAAAUCCUGAUUUGUUUUUGCCUAAUGCAUCAGAUAUUCCCUGCAUAUAAUUAACCAGUUUCAUAUGAAUGUGGGUUUAUCUUUUUUGUGAUAUAGCAUAUUUACAUUCUUCAGGGUCCUAGUUUUGCUCAUCAGUUAUCACUGAGUUGUUAUAGAAAAGGAAGUUUCCUUUUUAGUCAGCUUUGUAUUAUUUUUAAACAUAUAGCCAUAGUGACAUUUGGCUAAUGACAGACCAAGUACAUAGUGGUGGUUGUAUAAGUUUGAAUUUGAAUGCAUUGCAGCCAUUUUAGUCUGUAACAUGAUUAAUAAAAACCCAGAGACAGAUAUUAGA